ACCAAUUUCCUUUUCAAACAAUUGGCUUUAUUUAUCUCCAUGAUGACAAAAUCUUUCACUCAUGUCAUUUUCCUCUUUAGCUCAAAGUGAAAAGAGAAAGCUCAAAUGGAGCUCCCAGUUGGUGAAAAUCAUGGAAAUUUCUGGUUCUUUUGCUUUUGAAGAUCUGAAUACAAGAAUUCCUGAGCAAAAUGUCCAUGUCAACAACCAAGCUCUAACCAUAGCAGAAAUAGAGUCGAUGAGGCAACAACCAGUAUACAGCGACCCAGAUUUACAAGGAGGUAAUACCGGGUGCAACCAUUCCAUAAAUCUUAUAAGCAGUGAGCAAGAUCUACAGGGAACCAAUGUGAUCGGUACUGCAGCCGAAACAGAGCAGAUGAUGAUAAGGCAACAACAAUCAGGUCAACGUCAACCUGCAGAGAUAUAUUCUGCGGAUUCCAGUGAGCAGAACAGAGCUGAAACAGAGCAUCUGACGAGGGAACAACAAUCAGGCCAACGUCAACUUCCAGAUACAUCCACUGCAGAUUCUCCGGCAGUGCAGCUUGGCAGACUAAGAGAGGCCAAAAGAAAGGCCAAAAGAAAGGCCGAUCAAAGAUAUAGGGAGAACAAAAAGAAAAAGCUAGAAGACAUGGAGCUCAAACUGAGGUCACUGGAAGCUGAAAGAGAAAAACCUGAAGCUGAGAAUAAAUCCCUAAAAGAACAACUUGAUUUCAAACAAAGGGAACUGGAUAAGCUUAGAGAAGAUUUUAUCGAAUUGGAGACGAAGUAUAAAAAGCAACAUGAACAACAAGCGGGCAUGGAGCACAAAGUGACAACACUCGAAGCAGAAAAUAGAAGUCUAAUGGACAAGUACAUUAAAUUACUAGAAAAAAGCAAUGCCUUGAUGGAUUCAAGGCUUGAAAGGGAUUUCAGCAGCAGUGGUAUUGAUAGCAUAACUCAAUAAGGGCAGGAUUAGAGUGAGCAUUUUUUGAUAACAAAGUCAACAGAGAAAACAAUAUGGUCGAUGAAGCAGGGGACGAAAAGGCCAGGUUUAUGGUUUAGUUCGGGUUUAAUCUUAUGAUCAUAGCUUUGCCAGAGGCAGGGGAUAUGUCUAAGGUAAUGCUGGCUGUCUUUGAUUUUUCCCUGUGACUUAGUCAUUUGUUUUUUUUUUUUGGUAGAGAGUUGGAGUAUAUCUUACACUCCUUUAAUUAAUGAAAUGAAGUGCAUUUUUGUUUGUUGAUAUGUAAUUAAUAUUAUCUUUAGCU